CGUAUCUGUAGUUUGAGAUCUUGUAAAAAAGGUGUUAGCGUCCCGGUAUAUCUCGUCCUCAAGCGUCUUAAGCCCCACGUAAUUCCCAUAUUGUAUUCCCCCGUUAUAUUUCGUUAUACAUUCGUUGCCCUGUCGUUUUUCUACGUAGUUUGUAAACUUUCUCGCGGUUCAAUUUCCGUCGUUUUGGCCCGUUUAAAUUCUGCUCUUGCUGCCCUAUUGUAUUACCGUGUAUUCUAUAAACUCUCUUGCGAUUAGAAUUCCGUUUCUGCCCGUCUAAACUCGUUAAAUCACGGGCGACGUAGCUGUAAUUUAAGAAAAGCAUCCCAGUAUCUCUCGUCCCCAAGCGUCUUUUGCAAGAAGACCACAGAACAUCCAAUCGCCACUAUAAGACAUACUGAAGGCGAGCAGAGACGGAGAUAGUUGAGGCGGAGACAACCCUUCUUCAGUUCUUCGACUGUACUGAGACGCACCAUGCAAGUCAGUUUGUUGGCAGUCCUACUGGCCAUGGUCGCCAUGGUUACUGGGCUUGGCCCAACUGAAGAUCAGCUCCGGGAAGCCGUUACCAUGGCAACAAAGGAAUUGGGGAACGGCCACUGUGUCCGCAAGGAUAACAACGUCGUCUGUGAGGAAGAGCCCAAACACACUCCCAGCAAAAGUCAACGUCACUUCGUAACCACUCACCAUCCCACGCCCGGGACAAUCAAGCUCAGCCAAUCAGCUGCCAUCUUGGAGAAGGUGGCCAAGAACCUCAUGAACAGCCCUGACCACUUCACUCUGGAGCAGCUGGGCCAAGUUGGGUCCAGUACCGUAACAGGGCUGUGUACACGUGACGAGACAUGCCAGCGAAAUAAGCUUGCAAAUGGCAUUGAGUUUCGGACGGCAAACGGCUGUGGUAACAACCUGGACAACCCCCUGUGGGGAAGCCCUGGGCAAUGCAUGAAAAGACUGCUCCCGCCGCAAUACGGAGACGAUAAUGCGCCACGCACUAUCGGCUGGCACGGCAUCCCACUUCCUAACGCUCGUCAUGUCAGCCUUUUUCUGCUUGAAGAUCUGCGGAAAUCGAACCAUGAAACCAGCCACAUGUUGAUGCAGUUUGGACAGUUUUUAGCUCACGAAGUCACAGUAGCGCCCCACCUAGGUCACCCAGAAGAAAAAUGUCCUUGUGAAUCUGAUGCUAAGGAUUCAGAAUGUUUCAACGUUCCCGUUCACUUGAAUGACCCCGAUUUCCGUGGAAGGUCCUGUCUAGAAUUCACCCGUUCUAGCGCCUGUCCCAACGAAGGGUGCCGCAUGGGUCCACGCCAGCAGUUCUACGAUGUCACCGCCUUCGUGGAUGCCUCCAAUGUCUACGGCCAAAAUGAGGAAGACAUGGCUGCCCUCAGAGACGAGUCGUCAAGGUUCCUACUGAAGUCCAGACUACUGAAGUCCAAAUCAACUCCUGACGACCCUAACAAGAAGGCAAAUGAUGAUGAAGAUAUCAAGAAGGAACUCCUACCAGAGGCCAUGAAAGAUGAGUUCAUGUGUGAGGGGUUCAAAGGGCCCGACGGUUAUAAGUGCUCACAGGCAGGAGAUAAGCGAGUGAACGAGAAUCCAGGGAUAACCUCCAUGCACAGCCUCUUCAUGCGAGAACACAACCGGAUCGCCAGGCGGCUCCAUAAUCUCAACAAGCAGUGGGACGACGAUCGGGUGUUCAUGGAGACCAGAAAGAUCGUCGGCGCGCUGUUGCAGAAGAUAGCGUACGGAGAAUACCUUCCUCUGGUUCUGGGACCCGACUACAUGACCAAGUUUGACCUGACCCUCACCAAGCCGGAUAAGUACUUCCAAGGGUACGACAAAGCCGUGAACCCCGGCAUCUAUAACGUGUUCAACACGGCGGCCUACAGAUUCGGCCACACUAUGGUUCAGAAUGAAUUUGAACGCUAUCCUCCAAACUUUGAUCCGAAAAGCCAGCAUUGUCCGAUCAAGCUGGCUUUUAGCUUCUUCAACCCAUCGUACAUUUCCGACAACGACCAAGGCGGCCCGGACUCCAUCCUACGGGGACUGACCACCCAGCCUCGUCAAGACUUCGAUCGGUUCAUGGUCUCGGGCCUGACGAAGUCUCUAUUGUGUGAACCUCAGGGAUCUGGUCACCGCUCUGACCUGGCGACCCUGAACAUCCAGCGAGGAAGGGACCACGGACUGCCCGGCUACAACGCCUGGAGGGAGAAGUGUGGGUUUCCCAGGGCACAUAGGUUUGUCGACCUUGCACCGCAGAUCCCUGACGUAACCACCCGAGAGAGGCUACAGGAACUAUACAGCCACGUGGACGACAUCGACCUAUUUGUCGGUGGUCUUGCCGAGCAGUCCGUGCCGGGCGGUAUCGUGGGUCCGACCUUCGCCUGUCUGAUUGGCAUGCAGUUCCAGGACCUCCGCAAGGGGGACCGCUUCUGGUUCGAGAACUCCGGUCAGUCUAACGAGAACUCCGGGCAGUCUAACGAGAACUCCGGGCAGUCUAACGAGAACUCCGGACAGUUUACGACAGACCAACUUGCGGAGAUCAAGAAGCACAGCCUGGCCCGCAUCCUGUGCGACAACACGGACGGCACAACCCAGAUGCAGCCGGAUGUCUUCAAGCAGCCCACACAGCCUGGGAACAAGAGGGUGGACUGUUCGUCUCUGCCCCAGAUGGACUUGACUGUUAUGACAUAGACGGACAGCAAGGUAAACGAUUCGGACACGAUUUUGCAUCCCAGCAUCUGCUUAGACAGUUACAGGCUCCCUGCACGUAGUACCUGGUUUACUUGUCUUGUUUUCAACAAGGAAUAUCGUAAAACCAACAAUAAGCUUAAGACAACAGACUCAUAGCUAACUGAAUAAGCUGAAGAAUUUGUGUGUGUGUGAAUUUGAGUAGUAUUAUUUUCUGUGUUUUGAGUUUCCUUCGUAUAGUCAGAAUUAGAAAUAGUACGCACCUUACAUGAAUUAGUGAAUUUGAGUUGGAUUUUGAAUAUGAGUUGGAUUAUUGUUUGUGUUUUGAGUUUCCUUCAUAUAUUCAGAGUUAGAAAUGGGUACGUACCUUACUGGCUUACUUAUACAUGAAUUUGAGUUGAAUUUUGAAGUUCAGUUGGAUUAUUAUUUGUGUUUUGGUAUACUUCGUAUACUGUAUUAAGUUUGCAAUGGUUUAUAUUAUUGAUGAAGUAUUUUGAGUAAUGUGAGUGAUUGUCAUAGUUGGAUUUAUUAGAAUGAUGGGCUUUAAUAAAGUAAUGUU